AUGAGGUGGAUCACGCUCCUAGCUGCCCUGCUGCCCCUCGCAAAGAGUGGUAUCAAUCUAGACGAGGUGCUGGACUCAAAGUGGGAAUUCUUUAAGAAGAUCUUCAGGAAAGAAUAUAAAAGCAAGAUGGAUGAAGUCUCCAGAAGACACAUCUGGGAGAAGAACCUCAAAUACGUCAACACCCACAACCUAGAAUAUUUCCUGGGAAAACAGACUUUUCAAAUGACCAUGAACCGCCUGGCCGAUAUGACAAGUGAAGAGAUAGUACAGAAGAUGACCGGCCUCAAAGUCCCUCCUUCUCAUAAGCCCAACAACAACACUGUGUACAUCCCGGACUGGAAAAAGAGGAUACCUGGCUCAGUAGAUUACAGAAAGAAAGGCUACGUCACUCCUGUGAAGAAUCAGGGCCAAUGCGGAUCCUGCUGGGCGUUUAGCUCCGUGGGGGCCCUGGAAGGCCAGCUCAAGAAGAAGACGGGCAAAUUGCUCAACCUCAGCCCCCAGAACCUGGUCGACUGCGUCACUGGUUGUGAUGGCUGUGAUGGCGGCUACGUGACCAAGGCCUUUGAGUACAUACAGGAGAACAAAGGCAUCAAUUCAGACACUUCCUAUCCAUACAUCGGCGAUGACGAAAGCUGUAAGUACAACCCAAGCGCCAAGGCCGCCAAGUGCCAGGGCUUCCAGGAGCUCCCCAAAGGGGAUGAGAAGGCCCUGAGGAGGGCCGUAGCCCAGAUUGGCCCCAUCUCGGUGGGCAUCGACGUCAGCUUGGAGUCCUUCAAACUCUAUCGCAAAGGUGUGUAUUAUGACGAGAACUGCAGUUCCAGCAACGUCAACCACGCCGUCCUGGUCGUGGGCUUCGGCACCAAGCAAGGCAAAAAAUACUGGAUCGUCAAAAACAGUUGGGGAGAGGACUGGGGUGAGAAGGGUUACAUCCUGAUGGCCCGGGACAGGAACAAUGCCUGCGGGAUCGCCAACAUGGCCAGCUUCCCUAAGAUGUGA